UGAGAUGACAAGCGAUUGAAUGCAGCACAGAGGAGCCUGCAGUCUGAGAGAGGGCACUGUCUUCACUGUGUCUGCGGCGAUCAGCAACAUGAACACAGCAUCAAGCAAGUCCCCGGAGGAGCACCGAGAGGGUCAGCAGCAAGCUCCCUUUGUAGGGCGAGCCUUCAUUUACCUGCUCGCCAUGUUCCUGCUCGUUCAUAUGCUCUCCAGUGCUUUACUAUACGUCUACUUCUCCAUCAAACUGCAGAAGGUCCAGGACAUAAUGAACACGGAACCAGAUUCUGUAUUCCUGCAGAUUCUAAAAAAGUGCGAAAGUAAGGAUCAGUUUGAAAAGAACAAACAUUUCUGUGAUGGAGAAAAAUCCCAUUUCCAGCACUUACUGAAGUACCUUGUGAACAACACUGAAGAACAGCAGCAACAUGAAGUUCCAAGCCCAGAAAAGCAGAUAGGGAGCCAUCCUGGUCCAACUAUCAGCAGCAGCAUCAGACCUGGACAGACAGCAGCUCAUCUCAUCGCCACCGCUCCGUCCCACCACAAAGCAGUGGACACCAACUUUCCCAAAGACAAAGGCAAACCGAUAAAGCAGUGGAUGGCGAAAGGCUUCCCAGCAUUUACCCACAAUAUAAACUAUACUGGUGGGAAGCUUGUUAUCACUGAGCCUGGAUUUUAUUACGUUUACUGUCAGGUUAGUUUUCGACUGUCCAGUAACAAGACCGUCAACGCAUCCAACGCCCCGUUUCUUCAAUACAUCUAUUUGCAAAGAACAAAGAACCAAGUCACGCUCCUCAUGAAGGCAUCGAAAACACCAGUUGAUAAAAAGCAAGCUGCUAGUUUCAACUCAGUCAACCAAGGGGGUGUGUUUCAACUGAAAUCAGGAGAUAAACUGUUUGUGAGUGUGACUGACCCCGAAUUGCUCAGUUAUGAUGCCACUUACUUUGGUAUCUUUCAGCUUUAAGUCUUUCUGUUAAAACGUGACAUAAAGUCUGCCAUCAGGUAGAAAGACUCCGGUGUUUUGCCACUGGCUAAUUGUUUCGAACUGCAGAGUAUCUCACUGGAAUCAACAAGAUCUCUCCCUCCUCUAAUUAGCAACAAAAUACAUUCCAGCAACAACAACAUUUCAACGUUUCAACAUUAGUGGGCGGCACGGUGGCACAGUGGUUAGCACUGCUGCCUCACAGCACCUGAGACCCGGGUUCAAUCCCGUCUCCGGCGACUGACUGUGUGGAGUUUGCACGUUCUCCCCGUGUCUGUGUGGUUUUCCUCCGGGUGCUCCGAUUUCCUCCCACAAUCCAAAGAUGUGCAGGUCAGGUGAAUUGGCCAUGCUAAAUUGCCCGUAGUGUUAGGUAAGGGGGUAAAUGUAGGGGUAUGGGUGGUUUGCGCUUUGGCGGGUUGGUGUGGACUUGUUGGGCUGAAGGGCCUGUUUCCACACUGUAAGUAAUCUAAUCUAAUAAUUUCUUAAUCACUCCUUUACUGGCACUAACCCAAAGUGCCAACAUCCCUUCAUAUUCCUCAUUGGAGCCCUAGAAAAGCACUGCAUUCUGAAAACUGUAAGACUGAGAAUAACAGAAGGUCAACCUCCCACUCUGCUCCAGUGAAUUAGCCCCUUCAGUUACACAGUGCAAGAAACUGACAGUGAAAUGACUGUUCCUUGCACCAAUUACCAAUUGCUAGUUGAGGCCUGGUUUUUAUCAGAUUGAUGCUAACUGCAGCCUGCCUUAGUAAAGCCCUACAGUAACAAGGUGACCAUGUGACUACGCACAUCUCGGUCUACAAUGCCAACUGGAAUGAGCUGCUGCAGGCAGUCUCAGAGUGACAGGGAAUUCUGCUGGAAAUAACCAUUACUGACCUCUAAAUACCCCAGGUAGUGGGCUGGGGGCCAAUGUUAAAUGGCGCGAAUGAGCAGAUUGCUGGGUGGGGACUGUACUUUGUUUAACUUAUUAGUUUGUGAUUAAACUCAUAGUCUUUAGUAAGGCCUGUCUUCUGACUGUAGACGAUUGUCAAGUGCAUCCUGUCUUGAUGCAACAGCGUGGAGCUUGUGAACAGAAAACCACAGCCCCACUGCACUCAGGCAAUGUUAGUGACAAGGAAGCUUUAUCUGAAUGAGCCCUCAUUCCCUUGUCUAAGCAGAUCUUAUAUGAAACAAAUAGUGAACAGGUUAAAAAGAGAAAUGAAUAUUAGUGAGAUCUCACUGAAGGAAAGCUGAGAAGGUCUUCUUGUAGCUGAAAUGUUCAUUUCAAGUGUGAGACUAUCAUCAUUCUCGAAGAACUGUACCAUAUUUGCAAUUGUUCACAAAUGCAUUUGAUAUCUUAUUGCUAUCGCUUACAUAAAGCAUCAGAUUUGAAAGGGCCAAUGAAACGCCUCAGUAACUUUACAGAUAAACAGUUUGAAACAAGCUGAUUGUAUUCCAUUGUCCCCUGUGAAGUGGUUUAGUAUUCGAAGUGAUGUGUCUUUGAUAAAGUGGAACUGAACCAUAGACACUCAGGAAAUGAAGUUUUAAAUCUUCUAAAUAAUGUGUUACCACUUCAGCAGUUCUUGCUAAACAGAAUGUUGUUAUUGCAGGCUAAUUUUCCUCCUAGGUUGCU